AUGAUGUUUGAAACGGUGGAACUAACUACCAUUCUUAGACUACGGAAUGGAGAUAAGGUGACAAUUAAAGUGGAGCCAAGAAAGGGAAAGUCUCCAGAACGCUUGUGCAUUUUAAAAAUGGGUCUCGCCCAGUACAGAGGAAUAUUAAUGGAUCUUCCGAGACAUGUGGAAGCAUAUAAAACGUUAGAUUCACAGCAAUACUUUAAAACGAAUGAUAUUGGUCAAAUUCUAUUGGUUGUAGAAGAAGAAACUGACUUGAAUCAGUAUGCUAACUCAGAGUAUUUUCCGGAUGGCCUUACGCCUCCAAUGAAGAAUGCGGUAACAACACUUCGAGUGUCACAAAAGUCGCUUCGGGCUAUUCCAAAAGAAGACCUCUCUGCUAUCGAGUCGAUUAUUUACAAUGAUAAAACAAGCGAGUUCACCUUUCAGGAGGUUAUCGAAGAAGAACCUCCGACCCUUCCCAGUUCUCCUAAAAAUAAGGACAAAAACCGAAUUGUGAGUGUGUAG